AGCGGGGCAGGCUGACCCGCGGUAGCCUAUUCGCCUAUGGAUGCUUGUCGGACACCCAUGACUUGCGUUUUGCGUGGAAUGCAGCCGUGAUAAGUAUGCUCAGGAGGUUCUUGCCAGCCUGGUUGCUUGCCUUCCCAUGCAAGGUGUUGGCACAAGAAUUCCUGGAUGAUGGCAGCCUUGAGGUCCCUGUUGACUUAGUGCUGCUGCAGACAAAGCUCACGCUGGCCACCACCGACGUGGCCGAGGUACACGCGAUGCAGCGAGCUCACGUGAAUGACCUGAGCAUUGAGGAUUGAUUCUCCCAGAGUUUGCCAGGAGAUGUCAGAGGAACCGUGGAUUGCAAUGCCGUUCAUCUGUGCCUUUCACGCGGUGAGGACAUCUCAAGACUUCUUCAGUCGCCUAUUUCGCGACUUCGAGGGAUUCGCAUGGUUUCAACUUUUGGUCUUCAUACUUUGCACCGCAGGCGUCGUGGCUGGCAUGAUGCAGGUGAAGUUUAGAGAGCAUGGAUGCGGAGCACCAGUCACGUGUGGGCUGCUGCUUGCGGCAGCAUCUAUUUUCUUCAGCGGGGCUGUGUGCCACUGGAUUGUGCCACUUGUGCUCAUGUUCAUCGGCAUGUGGAUCAUCAUCAGGCUGCCAGGGAAACUGGAGGCCAGCCAAGGCUAGUCUGCCAGCGG